GUGACGAGAGUGAGAAUUUAUUUUUAGCUGAGUAAAACUAUAGGAUAACUUUUAAAAUGGAUGUUCUAACUUUUGUGGAGUAUUUUACCAAUUUGGCUACACUUGGAAUGUUUGCAACAGGAAUCCCAGGGUGUUACAGGAUGUACAAAACUGGAGAUACAGAGAACAAUCCUUUCAUAUUCUUCCUCCUUAGUGCAGUCAGCUGUAUUAAAAUGUGGCACUAUGGACUGUUGGUUGAUAAUGGAACUCUCAUUUUCCUUAAUGCUGUUGGAACAGUCCUCCAAAUUAUCUAUGUCAUAGUCUCUCUUCUAGUCACAAAGCCACUGACAGAACCCUUGGCUCUUACUGGAGCCAGUUUAGGCUACCUAAUGGUGCUAUAUUACUACCAGUUCAAUGUUGUAGUGGAGCCAAACCAGAUAGCAGAAAACAUUGGCCUGGCUGGUAGUGUCCUAACAACCAUUAUGAUGGUCCUCCCUGUAUUUGAAAUAGUGGACAAUGUGAAAAACAGGAAUGGCAAUGGUCUUCCUUUGAUCAUGGUCUCUGGUGCUAUUGUCUGUUCUAUAUCUUGGCUGGUGUUUGGACUCUUGCUUGCAGACCCAUUUGUGUGGGGGCCAAAUCUCCCAGGAUUGGUGCUGAUGACAAUCAAACUGAUUUGUAUUUUAUCAUUUGGUCAAGACAAGACGAAGAAGGUCGAUUGACGGACAUCUAACUUAGGAGUUAUGGGAUAUUACAACAAAGUAUAACAACAUAUGGAUUAUUACCACAAAGUGCAAAAAGAUGAAAUACUAUAAUUUUUGGAAAUGUUUUUUUUUUAAUUUAAUGAAAUCAUCAUGUGACAUUACAACAAGUACAAAAUAUAUGAAUUGUUUCUCACCUUAAUGUUGAUAUUAAUUUAAAUAAAUCAGAUCUUUAUCAGGGUAUUUUAUACAGAGAUUGAUAUUAAAGUUCCUCGUUGGAAAUGUUCAGAGAAUCAGUGAUUAACUUGCUCCUAAGUUAGACAACAAUUGGAUCUAACAGAUAUUUGAUAAUAUUAUUUUAUACGAAAUAAGUAUUGUUUAUAACUAUG